AUGUCUGGGGAAGAGAUAAUUUCCCUUAAAGUUGACCAUUCUGCAGAGAUUGUUGAUGAUAUUGCAGUACUAUUGAAAACCAAAGAUUAUAGUGACAUCAGUCUAAUUGUUGGUGAUGUUCAAUUUCCUUGUCAUCGGGUUAUCCUGGCCUCGAGAUGUGACUAUUUCCGUGCUCUUUUAUUUGGUGGUCUUGCAGAAACCCAUUCAUCCACAAUUCAUUUGAAUGGUAUCAGUUCCGCUGCAUUUUCUUAUAUCUUAGAAUAUAUUUAUACGGGAAAACUAGACAUAUCAGGUGCUAACAUUGAAGAUGCUUGUGAUGUUCUGGGCUUAGUGUGUCAAUAUAACUUUUCGAAUCUUCAAGAUGAUCUCUCUCGAAAUUUCAUUCAGUCUUUAAAUCUUCAGAAUGUCUGCCUUCUUUAUGAUUCAGCUAUUACCUAUGACUUGGAGGAUCUUAUAGAUGCUUGUCUUCAAACUAUUGAUCGUUGUCCCGCUAUAAUCCUCAGUCAGCCUCAAUUUUUACGCCUUUCUCGAGCGUCGGUUGUGCGAAUGCUCUCACGGGAUAGUUUUUACAUUCCUGAGAUUGAAAUUCUUCGCGGAGUUCAAGCUUGGCUGGAGGCUGACUAUCAGUCAAGGUUUGAAAAGUCCGCUGCUAUUGUUGGCUCUUCUUCUUCCCCCUCUGUUUCUGCUUCCUUUGUCGAUCAACAACAGCAUCAAGUUCAGCAGUUUCCAAAGGAUUCAACCAUCCUAGCUUCAAUGACUCUUAAGAAGAACUCGGGUCUACUACCAGCAACUCGUAGUAAUUCAUCCGAAUCUCUUUUUAGUUCGGCCAGCACUUCAGAUUCAGGGACUAGUGUCGGCGCAAAAUCGAAAACGAGUGAUUCUUGUUCUGCUGCAAUAGAUGAAGUUCGAUUGCAUCUGGAACAUGAAACUGCUGAAGCAAGAGCUGAGUUGGUUGGAUGCAUUCGUUUCGAACUCAUGACGCUUGCUGAACUCUCAACCGAUGUUAGGGCGUCACGUCUUCUCUCUCCAGAUGAUCUGCUUGAUAAAAUCAGUGCCAAAAUGAGAGCCACUCCUACUCAUUUGCCCAUCAGGGGGCGAUUACUUCCUGAAGUCAAUUUAGCUGUUUCUCGUUUGGGCUGCUCCCUACUAAAAGGCCAACGGGGCAACUAUCCCUUCUUCUUUGUUGACAAUGGCGGUGACCCGAAUGAAACCGCCGAUGAUGAUCAACAGAAUCAACAAUCUCAUGGAACAGCUUCAAGACGCCGUCAUCGUCAUAAUCAAAGUCGUUCAGUUUGGGAUGCCAGCAGUGAUUGGAUAGCUUCCACAUCCAGACCGUUUGAUCGAGAUCUUCAACUACGUGGGCGCGGAGAUGCACUGGCUAACGCAUCUGCUUGGGGCUUUAUGGAUAAUGUGGCCAUUUCGACCGCAGCUACUGGCUGGUCAGCAAGUGGUGUACCACAGCCCGACGGCGGAUUUCCCGUCUCUUAUCAGCAUCGCGAUGCUCAAAGUGGCCCAACUGGGGCACUGAUGCACCUCAACUGCUGGUUGCUUGGCAGCGUCUCUUCAUCGACUGUGCCUCAACAGACAGGAUCUCUGCCUUCCACAAUCUCAUCUCGUCGAACUCCACAUGAACCUCCUCCAGAAUCAGAACUCUCAGUAGUCUCCCACCGCAUUUGGGCACGAGAUGAGUCUAUAAUUGUCGAUUUGGGCCACAACUCCUUUGUCAAUCUCAUCUCAAUGCAACUCUGGGAUCGAGAAUCAAGGUCUUAUGCCUACUAUGUGGAGGUUUCUCAAUCCUUGGAAGACGGUUGUUGGGAAAAAGUUGUUGACUACAGCAAUUACGCUUGUCGGUCCUGGCAACUGCUCUACUUCCCGACUCGUAUUAUCCGUUACAUCCGUAUAGUUGGUACUCGAAGUUCAGUUGGAAAGCACUUUCACAUUAUCAGCUUUCAAUGCCUUUACACUCGAACCAAGCUUAAAGUUCAAAAUGGUCUUCUGGUUCCAAGAACUAAUGUCACAACUAUUCACCACGGAGCUACAGUGUUGGAAGGAGUCAGCAGACUGAGAAACUCACUCAUUGAUGGUGACUUCUCUGUUUACAAUCUGAACUACGGAUUCACUUGUCAUCAGCUUGGUAAUGGAUCCAUUGAUGUUCAACUAUCACAACCAUUCUUGGUUUCAUCCAUGAGGUUUCUGCUAUGGGAUCUGGAUAGUAGAGCUUACAGCUACAUUGUGGAAGUUUCGCAAGAUCGUUUGAAAUGGAGUGUUGUGUUUGACGCCACACAGCUUCUCUGUCGUUCUUGGCAGACUAUUAACUUCCCCCUCCAACCGGUGACUUUUAUUCGCAUAACAGGAACCGGAAAUACGGCAAAUGAUGUAUUCCACAUUGUUCAUCUGGAAUGUCCGGCUACUGUCUUAGAUCCUUCAGAUGAUACACUGAUUGGAGAGGGGGCCCAAGAUAAUGCCCAACAAUCCUCUCAUCCUUCUCAAUUGAUAAAUUCUGGUGCUAAUAAUGAAGGAAGUAAUGGGGCUAAUUCACAUAACAGAGGUAGUACCAAUAGAACAGCUAUAAAUGGCCCUCCAGGCUCCAAUGUUUAUGUAGAUGCUGUUAGUGCUCUUCGUCAUCAACGUCCACGCCUUUUGGAAGUCGAAGAGCCGUCUACGCCUUCAUCAUCUCUUGUAGCAGAUCUGUCAACAUUCUCACUACAUUCAGAAGCUACUCUAGACGCUACAGGGACAGAAACAACGGGAGAUGCUUCUCAACCGGUUCGACCUUUACCCAUUACACAUUAUCAACGAAGGCGACGUAGGAGGUACCAUCACAACGGUCGUCAUCAACAACGGAUUCUUGAUGACGACGAGGAAUCGUAUCAUCGUGGAGCAACAUCAGCUACGAAUUCGGGAAUCGGGAAUAACCCUGGUGUUGGUGAUACAUCAAUGGUUGCUAACUCGAUGCAAUAUUUUUCGGGCAACUCGAGAGCUACCUCACUAUCGUCGGUGAACAGAAAUGAUUCCUCGGAACCGAAUCGGUUGAGUUCGUUGAAUGUUGCAGAGAGAAUCCAACAAGAUCUGCCUCUUUUGAGAAGCUCAAGUGAAAGCAGUCUAGAUUCAUCUGGAAAUGCUCCGACUUCUGAGCUAUCUUGA